AUGAGAGGGCAUGGUUUUUUUCUGAUAUUUGGUUAUAAUUCGGCAGACCAUGGACUAAUACAUCAUGCAGGUUUGGCAAUGUUGUGUCAAAGGUCUAUGUUUCAAAUUGGCUCGAAUCAUGAGGAAGCUUUUACGACUCUCAUUUCAACUAUUACAAAAUUGUCCCAGCUUUUAAGAAAACACGACGAGGAGCUUUGGCGUCAUCUUGAGAUCACUUCCAAAGUCAAUCCCCAAUUUUAUGCAUUUAGAUGGAUCACUCUCUUGUUGACUCAGGAGUUCAAUUUUGCCGAUAGCCUUCACAUUUGGGACACUCUUUUAGGUGAUCCAGAAGGUCCACAGGUACAAUCUUGUUCUGAUUUACCUUUUGUUUUAAUGGAAUGGCAUGUAGCACUUUCACCAUAUCCCACUUCUUUGAUGACAAUAAUACUUCAGAUUGGUUUUGAAGUUGUGAGGUUACUUGCGGGAGCAAAGAAGUUUUUGCUCAUACUGAUGUUGAUUUUUCAUUUGUGUUUUACUUUGCGGUUUUACUAUUAA